ACAGAAAACGAUGCAUUCUGCCGUGACAAUCUGAGCCCAGACACCAUCCCCGUUGGAUACACCAGCCAGCGCGGAUUACGUUACAGUUCAGAAUCGUGACAUCUUCACCUGUCCUGAUCUCUGACUGGAAAGUCAGAAACAAAGAGAAAGGACUUUGCUGACGUCACCAGGAAACUAGAAUAAAUACAAAGGUGAGGACCAGAGCAAAGGCAAAAAGAAGGAAGGACGGAAUGAAGCAGGUGUAUCAGCAGGACCUGCAUUCACAUACAUUCAUUUAGUCACUCUGGAACUGAGUAUGGCCAGCGCUUUGCAGUAUUGCUUUCUGAUCCUGAUUUUCGGCAUUCCAUUGCACGAAUGCGCUGCGGUGCUCCUCAAUGGCAGCUGCAUACCUGUGGAACCCUGUUUUGACCUGAGCGUGAUGGCUAAUAUAGCUGAGCGUGUCAGCAAAGAUGUGACAGCUGCAGAUGGUGAGAAGAUCCUUCUAAGGCAUAGCUCCUUUGACAAAAUUCGGAAAAGGAAAAAUCUUCACAGCUGUGUCUUGCUGAAGAUCAUCAGUCUAUUUCAAAAUGUUCUUGAAAAGACAAAGAAGAAUGACAUCCAUAAAGGGGAAGAGUUAAAUCACCAUGUGGAGCUUAUACACAUUAUGGAUCAGCUCAAAAACUGCGUGUAUAAGACAAAAAAUAGAUGUAGAAACCUAUAUGAGAUGUCUAACAAAACUCCCUCUCCAAUGAUUUGGAAGAAAGACAUGACCCCAAAUCAGCUUGCUGUUUUACAGCUACAAAAACUGAAGUCUGCCAAAAGCAAGCUCAAUGACGUGCAUAUCCAGGAGACGGUUAUGGAUGAGCUGAAGACCCUCUAUCUCUACAUGCAGGGAAAAGGCUUCCGGAAAAAUACACGAAUGACGAAGGAGAAGCAUGGCGUUCAAUGAAUGUGUUAUGUCCAUUUUCUGCCUGAUCACUUUAAGAUGUGCCAGUUUUAGCAGGGACAGAAUAACAAGCUAUCUCAAUAUCCAAAUGAGACCCAACUUAUUUUCCUGACCUUUUUGUUUCUAAUAAGGUAUUUUAGUUAUUUGUGCUUUUAGUGCAAGUGUCUUUUUUUGCUUUUUAAAGUAAUGAGUAUUUAAACAGUAUAUGCAUAUUGCUUACGUACUUUCGGUGAAAGAUUGAGUGUACUGCAGUAAACGCAGGUGAGAAAAUAGACGAGAUAUAGAUCAUUUUGUCAAUGUGAACAUGAAAUACAUGUUUUUCUUUGUUUUCUAUUGCAUUCAUUUGUCUGCUCAGUAAAUUGUUAUAUGUGA